GGUUUAUUUACCAAUUAAUCAAAAUAUGGCAUCCUUGGCAACAGUAGGCCUAGGUGCUUUGUAAACUGAGAUGAAGUAUCUCCUUGAUUGAUAUGGAUUCAACCACGUUUUGAGGUGCUAUUUAAGCAAGAUUCAUGCCAAUUCCAAAAGACUAACCCAACAACACUCGUACCCGGACUGAUCGAGUGACUAUAUUAUAUAUAUAUAUUAUCAUCAUAUCAAAGAAACUAAGUUUUACUACAGUUUCUAUUUUUCCGAGUUUAUGAAAUUGUGCCAUAAAGUUUUGUAUACCCGUAGUCAUCUCCAAAAUGGCGGUUCCUCUGAUCCCAAAACUCAAGGGCAUUCCUACCAUCUUUGGCGAGGUCCUAGAGAGGAAUGUCACAUUUUGUGUGGACACCUCAGGCAGUAUGUAUAAAGGUCUGGAUGUAGUUAAAGAACAUUUAGUGGAAACAUUACUGAAGCAGGCCAACAAGUCUGUUAGCUGCAUGUUCAACAUUAUUGAGUUUAACUCUGAAGUUACCCAGUGGGCCGACAAGAUGGUGAAAUGUACCCCAGAAACUGUGGCAGUGGCAACCAACUGGGUGAAAAACCUCAGUGCUAAAACUGGAACAAAUACCCAGGGUGCUUUGCUAACAGCUCUGUCUGACAAUCACUGUGAAGCAGUAUACUUAGUAACGGAUGGUCUUCCUGACCAGCAUCCGGCAGACAUUUUGGAUCAUGUCGGAUUAUCUGGCCACAACCGGCCGAUCCACUGUAUUUAUCUGUGUUCUGAGGACUCCACAGAUCAGGCAUCUGUAGAAUUUCUGGAGGACCUCGCAGUGGAAUCAUUUGGAUCUUUUCAUAUAAUCACGCUCACAGUCCACGGAUGUGUGGAGCGCAUCACCCCUAUUUACCGUUCCGAUCAUGCUCACGAGAGAAUCAUUAGAACAGUGAAUGGAACAAUCCACAAUUCCACCAAAAAUUGUGGAGUAUCCACCACACUUAUGGUGGACCCAGAAGAAAGUCUACGACUAACCCCCCGCGUGUCCCUCCUAGGUCGUCAGCUCCCUUUUAUGGACCCCCUGGGCCAUCCCUACAUGGACACCUGGAAGCACUGGUUCCUUCAGCCCUACAGGUAUUACUACCCCCAUGGAUGGAGUCGAUACAGGCCAGCGAAAGGAUGGCUGAAGGCCCAGGAUCUAAUGCUAAACUCCACGGAAUCUUCCCCCGUGUGUCCAGCGGCAGGGGCCCUGCUGAUCGGAAAGAGAGUUCUAGCUCGGAGAAUUGACGAUGGGUAUUUCUACAUGGGCACUGUUCAAAGCCAGAUUCUGUCUGACAAAUUUCUGGUGGCGUUUGGUCCAUGCAAACACGGGAAAUACAAAGACACUAAAUACCAGGACACGUUUAUCUAUGACAUCAUAGAUUACGAGGAUGCCAAACGUCACACAAUUCAGACUGGGGACAAAGUACUGGCCCCUUGGGAACCUGAGGGAGAAAGGUUCUGCCCCGGGGUGAUCAUUGAGGGUCAAGAGAAACGACAAGUGAAUGGGCCUGAUGACAGACAAAUCACUGUAACUUUUGCCAAUGGCAAAACAGAAAAAGUUCCUAUGGAUGUUGCCAUAUGGACCCCUGAACAAGUCUAUGAACGACUGACCUUGGAGUUGAAAAUGCCCAAAGAGGCCAGGCUCUCCCUUCAAAACCAGGAGCCCAAUUACCCCAAGGAGAAUUUGGAGGGGUACCCCACAUCUGGUCCCAGUGCUGAGCCCUCAGAGUACCCUCUCCCCAAUCCAUUCCAUUUUCAACAUGAUCCGGUUUUCUUGGAUAGUUUACCGUGGGGAAAUGGCUAUAUCCCUGCUUAUCCACCAGCCCAGAGACAACCACAACCAUGUGAAGUGAGGUUACAAACUAAGUCAUCAGUGAAGAGUGAGGAUAUCAAUAAACUUGUUCCAGGUUCGCAAUCUAAAAUGAAAAUAAAUGAAUCUUCCAGGACGACCAUAUACAGAUUGAUGGGCAGUGGCACCAAUGUUACGCAAAAAGAAUUGGAUGACAAAGUUGUGUCUCAGCUGGUGGAGCACAAACUUCUCCUAGAUGAGAGACAGACAGAAAAAGACAACAAGGAAGUAGAGAGAGAGGAAGAAUUAAAGAGAAGAGAGGAGGAAAGAAGGAUGAGGGAAGAAAAAAUGAGGAUGAUGGAAGAAGAGAGAAGGAAGAGAGAGGUGGACAUGAGGCUGCGAGAGGAGGUGGAAAAAAGGAGAGCUGAGGAGGAGGAGAUGGCUCAGAGAGUUAGGGAUGAGUAUGAAGCCCAUAGAAGAGCCGCAGAGGAGGAAUAUCAGAAGAGGAGAGAGGAGGAAAUCAAAAGGAUGAAGGAGGCAGAGGAAUCAGCAAGGAUUAAACAGGAGAGAGAUGCCUGUGUGGAGGAAAACGUGGAAGAUACUCUGAAUUACAGAGAAGUAGAAUGUUUGACACGAGAAAAGGAAGAUACGGAAAGAUCAGUUCUUGAAGAAAGACAGAGAAUGUUAGAAAGAGAAAGAGACAAGCACAGGAUGCGUCUGGAGGAAAUUGAACGGGAGAUUGAAAUAGAGAGGUCAAGGUUGUUGAGAAAAAGAGACAAGCAGGAGGAGAAUUUAUUAAGAAAGUCUGUCACAUUUGAGGACCAGCUGAAUGAGCAUGACCUUGAGAUAGAUGGUGACAACAGGGUACAGUUUCAGUCGCGACCUCUGUCUGAUGAUGAAGAAAAAUACCGAGAGGAGUUCAAUUUCGACAAAUUUUUAAAAGAGAAGGGCUACAGAUGCAAUAGAACCAGCUUUAAUCCACCGAGAAAUUCAGCCAAUUUCAUGAGGCGACGACCACGAUCAGCUGAUUCUCGGAAACCUGAGUGGCAAAAAUACUGGUCAAUGAACAGCAUCCCUGAUAUCAUAGACCCACCCAACCAUGGAGCUUUCCGGGAGACAGCACUUCAGGCUCCAUUGGAAGCCAGGGAUCUCCGCAGAUAUCCUUAUGCCUGUGAGUGGACAACUCCAGUGUACACUUAUGUAGAUCCAUUUGCCAAGAGUAAAUGUACCUCGACGGUGGAACAAUUGAUGAGGACCCCCAAACCCCCAGAGGGGGGAUACCAGCCCGCUCCACCCGUGGAAAUCAGGGGGACAAGACCCGUGUCUGCUGAUUCCAAGGAAGCUGCACGAAGGGAGUAUAGGAGGGUAAAAGUAUCUCAGAGAAAUAAGAAAUGGAAUGAACGCAUCCGCAAUGAACAAUUAAUGAAGGACAUCAUGCAAGACAACCACCGGGAGCGGAUCGUAGCACAAAUGGAGCGUGACCGCCAGCGACUCAGAAAAGAGCAGGAAACAGUGGAACAAGCUCAAAAGGCAAAGAAGUACGUGUCAGCAGAGCUUCGCGCCAAAAUGGAGAAACGCGAGCUAGAGAACAAGAAGAAGGAACAGAACAGAAUCGAAGCUAUGCGUCAGAGGAGAGAACAGCGAGAGUCAGCAGCAGCUAAAAAACUGGCAGAGGAGGAAAAAAUCACCGAGAUGAGAAAAGGGGUCAGAAUUCAGCGAUCUCAACAGAGGUGGGACAAUGUCCACAGUCGACUGCAGCAAGAGGAGGCGGAGAACCAAGUUCAGGGGGAGAGAGUUCGCAACGCAAAAAUCAACCGGAUAGAGCACUUCCAAAAGUUAGAGGAGGAGGGGCAACAGCGGAAAGAUAUCCGCAUCAAAGUGUCCGAUCAGCACCUAGCUUUAUUAAGGUCACAGGUGUUCCCCUGAAGGAAGAUGCAUAUAUCUAAAGAUCCUGGGUUUGAUUAAAAUAGAUAAAAUUUUGUGUUUUUUUUUAUCAUCGAAUUUAAUAUCAUUUAGAAAAAACUGACAAGUUUGAAUUGUUAAUGCAAGAACCAUGUCAAAUUGAUAAAAGUUUAUUUUUUUAUAUACAGAAUUUGAAAGUUACAUCAAAAUGAAAUGUGAAUCAAAAUACACGUAGAAUCAUGUUUUGAGUUUUUGUUAAAAUCAAUUGAAAGAUUUAAACGACAAGAAAUAAUUAAGAAAUUCGAACUGAUGCACCUUGUGAAACCCAGUGUACCUUUUUUGUUGUUUUGGUAUGUGAGAUAUGAUGAAUCAAUUGAUAUAAGCAUGAAUGUAAGUAACAAAUCUACUACAGUAUAUUGUUAUACAUGUAUGAGGCAUGUCUAUGGGGCACAGGAAAAAUAAAAUGUCAUUCUCACAAGGGUUUGUAAACAUAUCUGAAAUUUGUAGAGAAACGGACAUACUUUAUUUUAUGAAAUCAGCUGGAGUACAGUUAAUCAAUGCUGUGUGAUAUAUUUAACAAUUCGCAAUACAUGUAUUAGUAUUUUGACAUUUAUGUAAACAUGCACUGGACUUAAAAGAAAAUACGAAGACCUUUGUGACAAGUUAGCGAGACUUUUCACCGACACAGACGUGAUGAGAAUUUAAUAAAAAUGAAAUGAUUAAAAUAAAAAUUAGCUAAAUAGUUUGAAUUUAAGUAAAUGUGUAUUCUAGAUAGACUGUUGACUAUGUUAUUCUCCAAAAUCUACUUGGUUAUUUAAUACUUCUUGUUCCUAUGUAUAACCUACAAUAGCUUGUUACUGUUUUAUUGAAAUGUAUAGAACUUGGAGUAGGGCUUUUUAUACAUGUAUUUUAUGAUAGUUUGAAUAUCAAUGAAUGACCCAAGUGUUUAUGCAAUGAGCUAGUCUAUAGGUAAUAAAGAAAAUGCACGUGAUGUACAGUGAUGCGUAUUCAAAAGACUGAUGUCAGAUUGAAUUUGAUGUUAUUAAGAUUUACAUACAUAUAUAUAAAUAUUAUAUAGUUUUCACUUUUUUCAAAUCAUCUGUGUGAUGUACAACCAUAGUUUCUCAAGUAUAGUUGCAACCAUAUUGAAAAUAAAUGUCAAAGAUUUUUUUGUUGAAAAUAUUAGUGUAUAUUAAUUGUUUAAAAUAAGAGAAUAAAAGGAAUAGACUCAGAAUAUAAAGGGGAAGAACUCUUAAGUUAGUAGUUACAAAUGUAGUAAUCUUGUUGGAGAAGGCGUUUCAUAUACAUGUAUAGUCAAAGGAAAGUUUCAGUAUUAUUGUAUAACUGUUACGAUCAAACUUCUUGCUCAAGCUUUGAUUCUAUUAACCCUAGAAUGUACUAUAUGAAAUAAUUAUGAAUACAAUUUUUAGAUUGAUAUGCAAGACUUUUUAUCUUAAUAUGAUGAAAAAUACACAAAGCAAUAUGAAAUACAUGUAUAUAGUUGAUUUUAGAAAGCUUAAGUAUAUUGCUGCAAUUAAUCAGGUUAUAGAAAACAGGAAUUUGUACAGCUUUGAUAAAUAGUGGAUUCAUCGAAUACAUGUACGAAUACUUGAAUUUUAAUGAACUUGACCACCUAAGCUCAAUUUUUCAACAGGUCUGAGGACUUUUUUCUCGGUUUUUUUGUACAAUACUAAUUAGAUUUCUAACUUUUCCUGCCAGUUAGUAUCCUACCAGUUAGUAUAACUCUUGUCCAUUUUGUCGGUCUGUCAGUAGACAUUGUGUUCUGUUAAAGCUGUGAUAACCAUUAUCUUCUGUUGUUGAAUCUGUUUUUUAGUCGAGGAAUCGUGUAGAUUUGUUUGCGAUGAGGUAUAUUAAUAUUUUGCUUUAAUUAGCUGUUGAAGAGGAGAUCAAUAAAUUCAAGGUAGAAAUA